UUCCCGGGCGUGCGAUGGAGCUCAGCCCCCGACAGCGCCUUCCCUGCGUCUACGCAUCCUGCUGACCAUACCGAUACGGAAGCAUCACAUCGUAUUGCGGAUCCUGGCGUCGACUUGGGGCCUUCCGAUUCUCCGUCUUCUGCCUUCUUCUCCAAAAAGCAGUCCUUGUCCGCCUUUGCGUCAUCAUCCGACAGCCGCGCUGCUCUCGACCCUAAAAACCUGUUUGGUGUCGAUGUCGGUCGCAUGACUCAGGCCAUGCAACAAGCCAUGCGAUCGUUAGAAAGGAGAAGAGGUGCUCCUUAUACUCUCGUCACCAACAACGAAAUUGCCAAUGUUGAUGCCAACGAUGACGACGCCAAUAGCGAUGUUGGUGCAACACCUCCGCCUCCAGGCACCACCGCUCCUGGAGACACAAACGCUGUCAAUGAAAGUUUCGAGCUUAUCGCCGAGCAGCCUUUAACAUUGCGCGUCAUGCUCAAGCCAUUCGAGGUGUCGGACCAACCCGAUUGCGAGACGCCAGGUAUUUUGGCCGACGAUCGCAACCCACUCGCCUCGCAGCCCACACAGCCGCAGCUCCACGACCCCAUCACUCAGGGCAUCCUCACCGAGCCAGCAGCCCGCGCUCUUUUUGACCUGUUCAUGCACCACUGCAACGCUUGGAGCGGUGUUUUCGAUCCCUCGCUCCAUACGCACGAUUUUGUGAGGAAACGUUCCUCUUUCCUCUACACCGUGUUGCUCUACGUCGGCGCACGCUAUUCAAAAAGGCCAACGGCACAUCACCUCCUUGUGCGCGAGCAGCACAACGAACAUGUCUCCGAAUCUGAUUGGGACCUAGCCUACCAAGACGCCUUGACGGACCGUUCGCAAAACGCUGCCGAUGAGUACGCACUUCAGGUUCGACGUCGUAUCCACGAUCAGGCUCGACAACAUGCUGCACGAGCCUUUGUCGACGGUGACCGAACCGUGUUGUGCUGCCAAGCUUUCUUCAUCCUCGCUAGCUGGAAGCCUCUUGAUGACGGUCUCAGUGUUAUCCAGGUCGGCUACGCGUUUCGUCUUGCCAUGGACAUCCAGCUGCACGCCGAGAUGCCCAAUUGCGUCAAGCCCGACGAGUCCAACCUGGACCAAGCCGGUCGGCAGCAGUACAAAGCCGUUCAGAGACGCUUCCGCAACCGACAGAGGACAUUCCUCAUGCUUUUUGUUCAGGACAAGUCGCAGCAGAUUUCCAACAAGAUUACAACCCACUCGAUCUCGGCUGACAAUGUCCUCAUUCGACGAUGUCAGACGUGGUGGAAACAUGAUGGCUCGAUCCCAACCGAUGCCUUUGUAUGUGCAUCCGCCGACAUACGCCGUAUUCAGGGCAAAUACGUCGAGCUAUAUGAUCGCAUCCAGGCGCUCACUUCGGCCACCUCGGAUGGCCCGAGCAUUAUGAUGCCCGCCUUUCUGUCCGAUUUGUAUGAGUGGAACGCCCGCUGGCACGAAGCGCUUGGUCUGCGCGAGGAUAUGGACGAAGACGCUCACCUCGACGAGGCUGCAGCAUACUCUCGCCGAUGCCAACGUCUAUGUCUCAAAUUGUGGAAGGACAACAUCAAGACUUACGUUUCAUCGCUCGUGCUCAAGUCGAGCCUGAAACAAGCAGCUAUGCAAGAACAUCAGGAAAUCGUUCGCAACCACCAUCGUCGCUCAACGACACGCGAGAAGGAGGAUCGCGACUCAGUUUCAGGUAAGUCGCAUCUCUCGAGCGGUCUCGAACCGGGCAUGGUCAACCUCAUGGCUAUGCCUGCCUUUUGGCCGUGUGUCGAAGGGGCUCGGGGAGUGCUCGAAACAGUCUGCGCUUUCCCGCCCGAAAGAUUGCUCUCUGCGCCCGAUGCGACCAUCAUGCAGGUCACGCAUGCGGCCGUAUUGCUAUGCAGUCUGGCUACGUUGAAAUCUCAGCCUCCGUUGGGACCAGGAUAUCUGAGGUCCAACAUUCAGCUCAUUGACCAGACGAGUGCGGCCUUCAGACGAGCCAGCAUCACGCAAGAGGAUACGGUAUUGCACAUCGCUAUAUACUUGGAAUCCUUGUUGAGGCCAAAGAAUGCUGCUCCUACACAUGCUGCGGGCGCCACACUGAAUCGGACUAGUGCUUGGAAAGCGAGUAGCAAAGGGGAAGCUUUGCAGCUCGGAAGCUUUCUCUCCGACAGAACGGGCCUGCGCGGACAAAGCUCCUCUCUGUUCAACAAUUGUGGGUCCGUCGGAGUGGCAUCCAACCCUGGUGGUCAAGGGCAGAACAGUAUGCCGAAUAGCGGAGGAGCCAUGGGUGGAGGCGGUGCAACUUCCAACCUCAACAGUGCUGGCAAUGGCUUUACUCAAUUCACGAAUUUCACCCUGCUCUCCAACAACACGGACAUGUUUUAUUCUGGCAGCAACAACAACGCUGCGCCCACACCAAGGUGGUUCAACAGCAAUUCAUCUUCCACAACGGCUGCUGGCGGCGCGCCUGCACAGGACAAUUUGUUCUUCAACAACCCUAGUAGCGGAGGUGGGUUUGACAGGGAGGGGCUGGAUGCGAUCGCUUCAGCUGAUGGAGCUACCAGGCAGAAUGGAGGUGAAGCAGGCGUUGACAUGACCGGUGUCAAUUGGCCCUCUGCGAUCAGCAGUGGUGCGGGAGGUAACAGCGCGGGUCCAUGGAACAGUCUCAUGUUUGGUGGCGCCGCGAGUGGCCACAGUGGAGCAGCGAUCGGCGAUGAGGCGUAUCAACCAGCAGGGGGCAGUGGGGUGUUUGGGCAACAAACACAGACACAUGCACAAACGCAAAAUCGAGAGCAGCAGGCGGACGAAACUCUGCGCAUGCUGCUGCGCUUCCUCGACGGCUAG